UUACACAGCAAUUAAACAAUUUGGACAUUGCAAUUAAUUUGGGGUACAUGCGUUUUAUUUACAUGGAAGAAUUUUGUAAAAAUGUGGAUAAAAUAUACAAAGGGGAUAAAUUAGGGACGUUCAAGGAGUAUCUGAAGGAUUACUGUAUUGAAAAAAUAAACAAGAUUUUGGACAGUUUGAAAACUGUAAUUAAAUUUGAUUAG